AUGCUGAGGCUACUGGUCAUUUGGGCAGCGAUCUUGGGCUCCUGCCAUGGGCAGUCCGAAGUGUCCCGGAGGAACAGCCGUCUGAGGGUGAUGUCACCGCCGGAGCUCGAGGGCACAUACGGCUGUGCCAGUACCGACUUCGGUUUCCCGCAGCACGCUGGCUCCAUGACCGGCAUGGUCGUCUACCCAAGGCGCAACAGGAUGGCCUGCAUGAACUUCGAUGACUUUGGCAUCUCUCUCCGUUCUCGCCCAGCCGGCGCGCUUCCUGUUAUCUUGCUCGUCGACACCGGAGGCAUCUCCAACGCCGACCUUCAAACCUCCCGCAUCCGUUCAGACCGUACUAUCAUGAUCCGUGAUGCGGUCCAGAUGUUCCCGCAAAGCGGAGACAAAUGUGAGGGGCUUUGUGGGAGUCCGGACCGCUGCCAUCCCCGUUUCUGA